AUGGAAUUGGAUGUUACAUCCAUGCUUACAGCUCAAGUAGCAGCCUUGACAAAGCAAUUACAAAAGACUACACUCCCAUCUCAAGCUAUGCAAGUUCAAAACCUUUGUGAAGUGUGUGGUACAAACCAUCCACCCAACCAAUGCCUUGCUAUAGAUAUGAAUAACAUGCCCAUGGAAGAAGUACAAGCUAUAGGAAAUUACCAAAGACAGCCUAAUAAUCCCAAUUCCAUGACCUAUACCCCAGCUUGGAAGAACCAUCCAAAUUUUUCUUGGUCUAACAACCAAAACACUCUCCAACCUUAUCUUCCACCUCAGCCACCAUAUCAACCUACCCAAAAUAGGCCACCUAAUCCACAGCAAUAUGCACACCAAAAUCCUCCACCUGGCUAUUAUCAACCACAAAAUAGACCACCUCACCAAAUGCAAAUGAAACCAGCUGAAACCCAACCUGAUUGCCAAGCUAUUAGUUUAAGGAGUGGAACGAGAUAUGAAGGGCUAAAGAAGAAUCAGUCAGAAGAAGAAGAAAAUAAGUUGAAUGAUGAAAAUGUUACUGAAGACCUUAAGAAAGAAGAGGAGACCCCACCUGUGAAUAUUGAGCAUCAUGUUAGAAUUCCAUAUCAACAAAGACUUCGUAAGCAUAAUUUAGAUAAACAGUUUGCAAAGUUUUUAGUGGUGUUCAAGAAGCUACAUAUAAAUAUACCAUUUGCAGAAGCAUUAGAACAGAUGCUCAGCUAUGUAAAGUUUAUGAAGGAGAUUCUCUCUAAUAAGAGAAAGAUGGGUGACUACGAAACAAUGGCGUUAACAGAAGAAUGUAGUGCGAUUUUGCAAAGGAAGCUUCCUCAAAAGUUACGAGAUCCGGGGAGUUUUACUAUUCCAUGCACGACUGGGGAGUUUGAAUGUAAGCAUGCACUUUGUGAUUUGGGGGCGAGUAUUAAUUUAAUGCCUUUGUCAGUAUUCCGUAGACUUGGUUUGGGGAAAGCUAGGCCAACCGCAGUAACAUUGCAGCUGGCUGAUAGAUCUGUGAAGCAUCCACGUGGUAUUAUAGAAGAUGUAUUGGCUAUGACUUAUCCUAAAGCAAGUGAUAGUUGUUUCUCAGUUGAUGUGGUCAAAGAAGUAGUAGGAACAAAAAAAUUAAGUGAGGAUCCUCUUGAAUUAAGUCUUACAGUUGAUGAUGUAUAUGGUGAGGAACAUGAAGAAGCGAUGAGUUAUUUGAAGUGGAUAAAAUCAGCUGAGUCAUGGAAGCAUAAGAAGUUUGAAGAAUUCGGUGAAGGACCAGAAAGACCAUUACCAUCGAUUCUGAAGCCACCUGUUUUAGAAUUGAAAGUUUUACCGGACCAUCUCUGUUAUGCUUAUCUUGGGGAAAAAGAGACUCUUCCAGUUAUAGUUUCAUCAUUUAUUUCAGAAGUAGAGGAGGAGAAGUUGUUGAGGGUGUCAAGAGCUCAUAAAACUGCUAUAGGGUGGACUCUGGCUGAUAUAAGAGGAAUUAGCUCAUCGACAGUUAUGCAUAGAAUUCUUAUGGAAGAUGAGGCAAGACCGACUAUUGAUGCUCAAUGA